ACGAGACAGGUCGAUAGAACAGAUAGUGGGUACUGGCCAGAUAGAAAUUAGACCGCACGAAGUGUCAGUGUUGGGAGUAUAAUCUCGCAGCAAAGAAUACAACAGACACUAGAUACUGAUUCUGAGUGGUGUCAUGUGAAUGCUAGAACUUCUCAUGGGUUGUUGGAUACUACACAAGUGGAUGGUAUUGAGGAUAACCAUGAGAAUGUGAGUGUCAGACUCUCCUUGGUUUUCCACUUCAACAAAAGCUAUACGUACGUGAAUAUCUUUUGAAACUUAGUUUAGGGUUGAGGGUUAUCACGUAGCAUCUCUGACUAUCUGGCCAGUACCCACUAUCAGUUAAUAUUUCCUUUUUGCAAAAUCUCAUCCUCAAAGGAAAUAUUCUAGUGUCAAAUUAUAAUCUUUCCUACACUCAACUCAUCACUCUGCUAAUUCAACAACUACGAUUUAUCUAUUCUCGUUCAUGUACACUCGUAGAGCAAUGUAAUGUACGAACUGUAGAGAAAAGCUUACUGUUAAAAAUAUACUUCUUUGGGGUUCAUGUUCAUUCCUUUCUAACCCUUAUUCUAAAAACCCUUAACCUUAGAAAAGAAGAGGUCACCAGUUUUGAAUUUGAGGGCUUGAUUCUCAUUCCUCUAGGUUUCCCUCCUUCAUGUCAAUUUUGAGGUGUAUGAUUUCAAACUAUGAAACUUAUGACUCCAGAAUGGUUUGAUAAACAAGCAUUAGAAUGCCAUUGUUUUCAAGCUUUAAAAGAUGACUCUUAUAAGAGAAAUAAAAUAACAAAAGAGCGAAGAUACACCCAAAAGUACAUAAAGGAACAGUAGAUGUAUACGAAGAUUUUACUGAUUCUUUGGAAACAAUACACUUUGUGCAUAUUACACCAUUGUUCUGGCAUAUCUUUCAAUAUAAUUAUAAUUUUUUUUUAACAUAAAAAUAUGUUUUAGAAGUCAUUAAUGGAAAUUUUUGAAAAAAAUCAAUUCAAAAUUCCAAAGAUUAAGUUUCCUAUGAAGCCUGCUAUCAGUUUAGGAAAAUCACCAAUGGCCACUGCAGCAAUGGCAGGUGCAGCAGGUGCAGCUGUUGUGAUGUAUUAUACAGGUUGGGACAUACCUUGGGGAGUUUUCAAAGCACAAAGCUAUAAUGCAUUGGGUGAAGAAGACACAUCCGAUGAAGGGGAAGGUGAUCUCUUUGUUGGAGGGAUUGCACGCAAAAUUGGCAAACGGCGUGUUGUGGUUCCUAUUAUUGCACGAGCUCCAUCAACAUGGUUCGAGUCUUUAUCCACAAUAUCGGAGACAUUGCGGUUCACAUAUUCUGAAACACUUGGAAAAUGGCCCAUCGGGGACCUUGCAUUUGGAAUCAAUUACCUUUUGAAACAUCAGAGUCAUGAGCAUGUUGCAAAAGCCUUUGCAAUUGAUGGAUCCAAACAAAUAGAUGGACUCAACAUGUUAAGUGAGUUACGGGAAUAUUUGAGGGUGUUGAUUAUGUGUAUGCAUUUCUCCAAGAAGCCAUUUCCCUUAUUUUUGGAAGCUAUUGGUUUCAAUGUGGACCAAGUUUUGCUUGAGGAAGGAAAAGCUGGAAUUUUGAAGCCAGCAUUUACGGUCCUCCUUGACCAUAAAAACAGCUGCAUUCUACUUCUAAUAAGAGGGACUCACAGUGUGAAAGACACAUUAACAUCAUUGACAGGUGCCGUGGUUCCAUUUCACCACACAAUACUUAAAAAAGAUGGAGUGAGCAAAUUGAUAUUAGGCUACGCACAUUGUGGGAUGGUGGCUGCUGCACGUUGGAUUGCCACAUCAGCAUCCCAAAAAAUAUCCAAAGCCUUCAAAGAUCAUCCUUCUUACCAACUCAAGAUUGUAGGCCAUUCUCUAGGAGGUGGAACUGCAGCAUUAUUAUCAUACAUUUUAAGAGAACAAAAUAUUUGUUCAUCAAUCUGUUGCAUCUGUUUUGGACCUGCUGCAUGCAUGACAAAAGAAUUGGCCGAGUCUGGAAGUGAAUUUGUGAUAACCAUCAUCAACGAAUGUGAUCUUGUGCCAUGCUUUUCAAGUGGAUCACUUGAUGAUCUUAGGGCUGAGGUCACUGCAUCACCAUGGGCACAUGACUUCCGUGAACAAAUCAAACAAACACGGAUCCUGAGGACAAUGUUUCGGUCAGCAUCGGCAUUACGGUGCCGGCUCCAAACCUUUGCGGGCAUUUCACAAGCUUCUACUUCAGGAUCAUCAUCUGUGAUGGUUUCAAGGGCAUGUCAAACUGGAGCUCCUGGAUUUGGUGCAAUAUGGAGACCUGUUUCUAAUGGUACUUGGUGCAUGAUGAAACAAGCUAUAGCGGCUGUUAGAACACCAUCAUUGAUGAAUUGGGUUUUCACAAAACGUAAGCAUUGCAACAUGGAUGUUGUGGCUUCAUCGACUCAAGUCUCCGAUAUUCCUACAAACACAUGCAAUUCCUCUAACAAUGUUGGUGUAUUAGAACCUCAUGAUAAGAACACUCUCUUCUCAAAACCAACAUUAUUAGAUGACACAAUGAAGCUAUUGCCAUCUGCUUCUUCUUCAAACCAACAUGAGAGUGUUGACAAAACAUCAAAUGAAUGUACAAGUUUGAAUGAAUCAAAUGACUUGAUGGAGGAGACUGCAACAAACCUCCCUCAACUAUCAAAUGCAACUGGAGACAUAAAUGACACAAUUGCACAAUUAGAGGUUCAAGAUGAAUUAGACCAAGUUGAAGAACCAACGAGUCCAAACUCACGAAUUGAGGGAAUUGGUGAAGAUUUGUUGUGGCAUCAAGUAGCUCAAGAGCUUGAACGUCAACAAUACAUUGCCAAAGUGGAAACUCAAUGUGUCCAUGAAGAAGAAGCUGAAAUUGCUAAGGAGAUCAUCAAAGAAGAAGAAAAUGUGAUCUCCAAUGUAACCAAUGAAAUUGAAAAAGAGGAAACCAAACCAGCUGUUCAAAUUGAUAAUAUGAGGCACUUCUAUCCACCUGGUCAAAUCAUACAUAUGGUUGUUCAAGGGCCAAUCAAAUUGGAUAAUCAAGAGGGGAAUUGCUCAAAUUUGCAACAAAAAGAGAUAGGUCUUUAUUUGACCCAACGGAGCGUAUACAAAAAAAUCCGUUUAUCACGGACAAUGGUUCAUGAUCACUAUAUGCCAACAUACAAGUAUGUAAUAGAAUCAAUCAUUGAACAUUGUGCCAAAAAAUCAAUAGAAUAAUCAACACCGAUCUCCACUUUGAGCAUCUUCUUUUCAAAGUUUACAAUAAAUACAUAAUUAGAGUGAAAUGCAUCACAGUUGUUUGUUUUGUUUAAUCUUUAAAUCAUGUGUAUUCAAAAGGUUAGAUAUGAAUAACAUCCAACUUCUAUUUUUGAAAGAUUAAUCUAAUUCUACUGAUAGUGAUCUAAUGUGUUAAGAAAAAAAUAUGAAGUACAUAUCAUGCAAUGAAAAUUGAUGUUUUUUGCAGCA